UGUGAGACAAUGAUUAACAGGUUGAGUACCUCUACAACGUCACAUAAGUGUAUAUAUGUACGUAAUGAUCAAAUCAUGAAGACUAGAAGUUAUUCAUCCUCAACCAUGUUUUAACCGAGGUGGCAAACAGCAUGUUGAGUGAACAUCGCUGUUAAGUCAGAUCUUAAUUGACGAGGAUAAAAAGACGAAAGUCACCGUGAGCUGCGCCUUGCAGGAUUUCCUUGUUGUGUUUCAAAACCAAAACUUUCCAGUGAUUUAUAUAAAAUCGAGGAAAAACGUGAAUGACAAUAUAAAACGCAAGCUGACCAUGGCGAUUCCAGGGACGAAGAAUCUCUUAAUCCUACUUUUAAUCCUGUACGAAGCACGUCCCUCGCUGACAAAAUACUUAUUUCAGUGUGACUGUGAUUCCUCAUCAUGUGGCUUUACACAAGAUCAAGCCAACGCUAUAAACUGGGUUCGAAAACGAGGCAAGGCUAGAGACUCCAUGGCAACCGGUCCACGCGGAGAUCACACGAGUGGUGGAGGAUCUUACCUUUACGUGAACAGUGACAUAAACCACUACUCCGGUCAGCGGGCGGUGACCAGCUCCCCUCUGCUUACGGUCAAGGUGCCAUCCUGUCUGACCUUCGCCUACCAUAUGUACGGCAUCGACAUGGGCACGCUGAGCGUGGGGAUAACCUAUGUUAAUGGAUCUACCACCAGGGAGUGGUCGCAAACUGGCAAAGUCACAACCACAAGUACGUAUGAAACCGACGGUUCACCGUGUCACUUCCCCUUCACGUAUCGCAGCACAGUGUAUCACAGUUGCACGUUAGUAGACUCCCCAAAGCCGGAUGAGCCAUGGUGUGGAACGGUGAGCGAUCUCUCCAAAAACUUCAAAUAUGGCCGAUGUAGAAGUAAGUUGAUCAUUGUAAGUUGUCCAACCUUCGUAUAUCAAUAUAUGCUGUACUUUGUUUAAGGCCUUUAUACAGGCAUG